CCCCUCCUUGCGGCUCCCGCGGAGCAGCCGGGCCGCCAGAGGGCGCCACGCCCUCGCAGUGCGGGAGGCUGCCGGUCUGGCGGCUCCGCGGCUGGGGAGAGAGAGACUGGGCAGAGGCUGGGCCGGGCCCGGAACUGCGGAGGCGGCGGCGUGUCAUGGACCGGUUCGUGUGGACAAACGGCCUCUUGGAAAUCAAUGAAACGCUGGUGAUCCAGCAGCGUGGGGUCCGCAUCUACGAUGGCGAGGAGAAGAUAAAAUUUGAUGCUGGAGUCCUUCUCCUCAGUACACACCGACUAAUCUGGAGAGAUCAGAAAAAUCAUGAUUGUUGCAUUGCUAUCCCUCUUUCCCAAAUUGUAUUCAUUGAAGAACAAGCAGCUGGUAUUGGAAAAAGUGCCAAAAUAGUGAUUCAUCUUCACCCAGCUUCUUCCAACAAAGACCCUGGCCCUUUUCAAAGCAGCAAGAGCUCCUAUAUCAAACUUUCUUUCAAAGAACAUGGCCAGAUUGAGUUUUAUAGGCGUUUAUCAGAAGAAAUGACUCAUAGAAGAUGGGAGAAUAUGCCAGUGUCUCAACUAAUGCAGAGAAAAAGUGGACAAGAGCCAGGAAGAAUAAGAGCCGUAGGAAUUGUAGGGAUUGAAAGGAAACUAGAAGAAAAGAGAAAAGAAACUGACAAAAACAUUUCUGAGGCUUUUGAAGAUCUCAGCAAGCUCAUGGUCAAGGCAAAGGAAAUGGUUGAAUUAUCCAAAUCUAUAGCUAAUAAAAUUAAGGAUAAACAAGGUGAUAUCACAGAAGAUGAAACUAUCAGAUUUAAAUCUUACUUGCUGAGCAUGGGUAUAGCUAAUCCAGUUACCAGGGAGACACAUGGCUCAGGCACACAUUACCAUAUGCAGUUGGCAAAACAACUAGCUGGAAUACUUCAGGUGCCUUUAGAGGAACGAGGGGGAAUAAUGUCGCUCACAGAGGUGUACUGUUUAGUGAACCGAGCUCGAGGAAUGGAACUACUCUCGCCAGAGGACUUAGUAAAUGCUUGUAAGAUGUUGGAAGCACUGAAAUUACCUCUCAGACUCCGAAUUUUUGACAGUGGUGUCAUGGUCAUUGAGCUUCAGUCCCACAAUGAGGAGGAAAUGCUUGCUUCAGCAUUAGAGACGGUAUCGGAAAAGGGAUCUCUCACAUCGGAAGAAUUUGCCAAACUUGUAGGAAUGUCUGUUCUUUUAGCCAAAGAAAGGUUGCUUCUUGCUGAAAAGAUGGGCCAUCUUUGCAGAGAUGAUUCAGUGGAAGGCUUGAGGUUUUAUCCAAAUUUGUUCAUGACCCAGAGUUAAAUAUUUUGUAAUUGUAAUAUUCUUUACCCAUACCCUUUCAUCAUGCAUUGGCUGAAUGACAGACAACUAUGAGAUAAACCUUUAUUCAAUUAGGAAUUUUGGUAGAACACUGCAGUACAGGACAGCGUUUCUAAUGUUUUUCCCUACAUAGUAUGUUCUAGGAAAGCUCACUUAGGAUUAAUAUGGAAAUGUACUAAAGAAAAAAGUCAAAGCUGUCAUGAAAACUAAAUCAUGUUAUGUUUAUGUUGACCUUGCUUAGGUCAGUGUGAAAUAAGAGUUUAUAACUGAAUUCUUCAGUUCAACUACUUUGAAAGAAAGGAGUUUAGUUCAUGAGAGUAAAUCUGGGUUAGCCCAGGUAAUAGUUAUAUUGAUAAUAUGACUGAAAUGGAUUGAAUCACAAUAGGAUUCAUGUUCAUGUCAAAUGUUUACCCUUUGGAGAUAUUUGAAAUAUGCCAUAUCUGUAGUGAGAGUGCUGUGACACUAAGGAAACAAUGUGAUACUGGAUAAUGCUGUAUUACACACACCUCCUUUGAGGAGAUUUUAGAAGCAGUCAUAGGCUGUGUCUCUUCCAGAGGCCAGAUCGAAUAUCCUUUUUAGUAUUUUAUUUGGCUUACUUAUAUAGAGACUUGAUACAGUAAUUUCUUUAUUUUUAACUAAGUGGUAAAUUCAUGACUGGCAUUUAAAGAAUGCACCUAUGUCAUUUUAUUUCUAAAAUGCAUUGGAUUUUGAAAUUGAAUUAGAAGUUGUUUAGACAUGUUUAGAGAGAUGAUUCCAAAUUUGGAAGUUAGCCGCCCUAGGGAUUUUUUAGUCUGCUGUAGAAAAUCUUGAAACAGUUAUCAAGAACCUGGAAACUUGAUGACUUUUUUUCUUUGAAAUGGAAAAAGAAAAAAGUCAGAAUACAGAGAUAGACACACACACACACAUCUCCAUGUUUUCCUCCUUUUAAAAGAUUUCAGCAAUGAACAAUUCUGGUGCACCACUAGCAAGUCAUUCUACCAUAUUCCAGCAAUAUUUUUUAUUUCUGUUUGCCCUCAUUUACUUAAUAUGCAAAAAAGCCUGCUCCGUUGUAUUAUUGCUUUGUAAGGAAAAAUAUUACUGAGAGAAAUACAUUGUGCAUUAUUUUAAGACCAAAAACGCAUCGCCACUAAUGAUAAUAGUUAAGAUUCCAGUUUUACAAUUGUACAGUGUAUCAUAUAACAAUAUAUAACUUAAAAUUCAGGACGUAUGCCUAAGGUCAGAAUAGAGCCCCCUGCAAUGCUUAGCCAACAAGAUAGAUUAAGAGACUUUUUCAUCGUAUGUGUACACCAUUUUACAGGAUGAUUAGUACCUAUAAAAGAACCAACCUUCAGUGACUGUAUUUAGCCAACUCAAGUUUAUACUUGAGUCUCUCAAAGGAACUUAUGAGAUAUAUGGGGUCCCUUUGUGUAUCACUGCUAGUAGCCAUUCCAGGACCUUUGUGUGGAGAUCUCAAGGAAUUUCCAACCUCACACUCAGAAAAUACCUCCUACUAGGCCAGCUAGCCAUUCUCUAUACAUAAUUGUCAGUUCCUGGAUAUCAGCUUUAGUUAUUUAAUAUUGGUAGAGUAUCAACAGAAGUGCUGCCUCUAGAGAACCUUGUUUUAGGCUUUGUUUUGCCUCACCUAUUUGUGUCAGUUUACUAAUGGGUAAAUUCUCUGUUCUGCCUCCAUUAUUAAAACCCUUAAGUUUAUACUUUAGGUUUGCUCCCUGUGAUUUUUGGAUCUCCAAAGAUGUGAAGCAUGCUUUUAUACAUGACACUCAGAAAAUCUCAUUUAUCAAGUUUUUUUUUUUUUUUAAUUACUGAUGUGUCAACUUUCUUCUCUCUUACUGAUGAAUUAUUAGCUAUACUAAGCCAGUGGUUCGAGCUUUAAGGGUUUAGGUCAGUCACAUCAAAUUAAUGCAAUUCAACUAUUAUGUUUACCCUCAUGAGACAGCGGCAAAACAUGAAUGAGAUGCCAAUAACUAAUUAUAAAGUGAAGGAAACAAGAAAAAAGAGGGAAAUCACAUAUAGACACUAUUCUGGAGGCAUUAUUAUCUUCUAAAAAUCAAUGUUUAGAUAUGUUAAGAAUUUAUUUUGCAUUAUUUUUAAAUGGACAUUUUCCCACUAUUUCUUGUCCCAACCCUUAUUUUUUAUGACUUUGGACUGUCUUAUGGGGGCAUCAUUCAGGUCUUGUUCUUAGUAGGCUUAUAUUGAAAUAAGAACUAUUGAACUCUGACUCCCAUCCAAAAUGCUGUCUCGGUGCUUUUCUUAUUUGAUAUAUUUAUUAUUUAGUGCUUUCAUGACUUACCUCUUAGGAGCAUUAAGACACAGACCUGUAUCCUUAGCUUUAUUGUAAUGGCACUUCUUGAGCCAUUUAUUGUCAAAACAAAACUUUAUACUUUGUGUAUGUAAAGAUCUUUUCAAGGUUAAAUUAAAUGAUUGAUAUAUAAUAUAUAUUAAUAAAUCAUCACAAUAAAGAGAUUUUUUUUUCCUAA